AUGAAUAAGUGUUCGUAUGUGUUGGAGAUGCAGCUCUUCCUGCGCCCCAACUUUAAAAUUUUCGAUGGAUUUCUUAAGCGAAUUAUUCAGUUGUGCAAUGCUGAUUUGACCGGUGCUGCUACUGCAGCAGGAGACCAACACUUCACCAAGAUUAGAAAGACGAUCUACGACAAGGUCCGGUCAAUUAUGGUAGCUGUGGCUGCCCCAGGGGAUACCAACGCAAGUCGCCCUGAGACCAUACUAGAGUUCUGGGAGCGCCAAGCGGAGACUGGCACGUACAAGUUCCUUCCACUUGUAGCAAGGGUUUUGUUCGCAAUCCCUUCAUCUUCCGCUCAAAUAGAGCGGGAUUUUGGUAUAGCAGGGCAGUUGGUAACUCCGCAGCGAGGCUCCAUAGCACCUCAAAAUGUGGAUAUGCCCGCAUUUUUAAACUGCAAUAGGCAGUUCGUGGAUGUGACGCAGUGCCCAAAGAUUCACCCACGAGAUAUCGACAAGUUUAUCCCAUCGAAUGUCAAUGUAGGAAUGGAGGAAGACGACGGAGAGGGUUGUGAAUUGUUGGGCGGGUACUUUUCGAGUGACGAUGAUGAAGAUAUCGACGACACGGUGGCGUAG